AUGCCUGCGAGUCAGGCUAAUCAGGAUGGACGCAGCGCCAGCAUCACGGCACCAAACGGCCCAUCCCAAGAGAGAUGUAUCCGCGCAUGCUUCCGCGAGGCGAAGUACCAACCGGCAGAGGUGGAUUGCUUCGAGACGCAUGGAACAGGAACCGCUCUCGGCGACCCUAUUGAGGUGGGCGCUUUCAAGCGCAUUUAUGCCCAGUCUCAGCGAGCCCAUCCACUCAUGGUGACGAGCUCCAAGACCAACCUAGGCCACCUGGAAGGUGGUGCAGGCAUGGCCGGUUUCAUCAAGUGCAUCCUGCAGGUCAUGCGUUGUGAGGCGAGUCCAAACAUCCAUUUGCGUGAGAGAAAUCCGCAUUUGGAUGUGGAAGGAUUCCCGACCCAGUUCUUGUCAGAGGGCUUGGUGACGCACUACAACACUGCGGUCACCGGUGUCAGUUCCUUUGGCUUUGGAGGCACGAAUGCCCAUGCAAUGGCAUUCGGGCAAAAUUGUGUCACUGCCCGGGAUGUCACCAAGAAGGACUUCAGGGGCCUCAUGCUGCAGAAGAUUAUGCAGGCGCUGCCGCCCGACGUCUUCAAGCACAGCCUCGACCCUGAGGAGUGGGAGACCAACGGAGCACCCUUGAGCGAGGACAAGAUUGGCAAAGUCUACGAGGUAGAAGUCGAUGCCAGCGGUGCGGCAGUUUGGCGUGAAGUGGUCGACACUCCGCCAGAUCCGAAGGCACACAAGAGGUUUGGCCUGGCCGGCAGCUUCAACGGCUGGAGCUGCACUCAGAUGGCAGAACUCCCGGGCCUACCCGGACUGUUUGCGGCGGAGAUCACGGUCGGUGAGUCCGGAGAAGAAUACUUCCACGUCCUUGGCGACGAGGAUACUUCUCAGGUGUACUACCCUGCACAACCACGGAGCAGGCGCAAGGUGGACCCUGCUGGAAGCCACACGCGAUUUAUAUGA